AUGAUGAUGAUGUCUCUGAACAGCAAGCAGGCAUUCGCUAUGCCCCAUACCAGCUUGCCCGAGCCCAAGUAUUCCAGUUUGCAUUCGUCUUCUUCUACUUUGACUUCGAAUGCGCCUUCGUCUUGCUCUUCUUCUCGACACAGUAGUACCAUCAGCAGCGGUAGCGGUUCAGAGACGAUGCGCCGACCCUGUCUCCCAGCCCCGCCGAGCAAUAUAUUCGGAGGACUGGAUGAGAGUUUGUUGGCGCGUGCUGAAGCUCUAGCGGCGGUGGAUAUAGUUUCUCAGACCAAGAGCCACCACCACCCACCCCAUCACAGUCCGUUUAAACCAGACGCUACUUACCACACCAUGAACACUCUCCCCUGUACCUCUUCCUCAUCCUCCUCCGUACCCAUAUCCCAUCCUUCCGCUUUGGCGGGGCACCACCACCAUCACCACCAUCACCACCAUCACCAGCCUCACCAAGCUCUGGAGGGGGAUCUUCUCGACCACAUCACGCCUGGCCUGGCUCUCGGGGCCAUGGCAGGGCCAGACGGAUCUGUUGUGUCCACGGCAGCGCACCCUGCACACAUGGCAGGCAUGAACCACAUGCACCAGGCGGCCCUCAACAUGGCCCAUGCCCACGGGCUGCCCACACACAUGGGCUGCAUGAGCGAUGUGGACGCUGAUCCCAGGGACUUGGAAGCCUUCGCUGAAAGGUUUAAGCAGAGACGGAUCAAACUUGGGGUAACCCAGGCGGAUGUAGGGUCAGCCUUGGCCAACCUGAAGAUUCCAGGGGUCGGCUCCCUCAGUCAAAGUACCAUCUGUCGAUUCGAGUCCCUCACGCUCUCACACAAUAACAUGAUCGCUUUGAAGCCGAUCCUACAGGCGUGGCUGGAAGAGGCAGAGAAGUCGCACAGGGAGAAACUGAACAAACCAGAGCUUUUCAACGGGACAGAGAAGAAGAGGAAGCGUACUUCCAUAGCGGCCCCAGAAAAGCGGUCUUUAGAAGCUUACUUCGCCAUUCAGCCGCGUCCUUCCUCGGAGAAAAUAGCAGCGAUCGCUGAAAAACUGGACCUGAAAAAGAAUGUGGUGCGGGUCUGGUUCUGUAAUCAGCGGCAGAAACAAAAAAGAAUGAAAUACUCUGCUUGCGUCUAG